UCUCCUAUCGGGAACACGAGCGUCUCUUCAGUUAGACCACAGUCAGCCGGUUCAGCAAAGUGUCUGUCUGCUGCGCUGCUCACACUGCCGCCUUGAAACUUCUCUCCGAGUAAACUAUACAACAGAAACUUCACAAUGACCAACAAGAGGACUCAUCUCCUUCUGAAGGCGCUGCUGGACGUGUCUGAAGCCCACUCUGUGAAAGUUUUGAGAGGAAACUCUAAAAGAGAUAUCAGACAUUUGGGCUCCUGUGGGGCCUUAGUAGCACGAAGGGCCAGCUUGCCUAUAUGCCCGACCAUCCCCACUACCAUCACACCCACCCGCAGCUUCAUCAACCUGGUUGCUCCCAUCAUUACCCGCAGGAUGGAGUACAACGAAAGCCGGACAAUAGGGUAUAGUCUAGAGCAGAUGUACAAUGUGGUGGCAAAUGUGGACCAGUACCAACAUUUUGUUCCCUGGUGCAAGAAGUCUCGGGUCAUUAAGGGGCCAAAUGGCACCAAACAAGCAGAGCUUGAAAUAGGCUUCCCCCCAAUCUCGGAGCGCUACACCUCUGAUGUCACCUGCAUUCCAAACCACCAAGUCAGGGCCGUGUGCACUGACGGAUCCCUCUUCAACCAUCUUGAAACGAUAUGGAGGUUCGCCCCUGGUCCAAAAGACAGGCCAGACUCCUGCAAAGUGGAUUUCUAUGUGACUUUUGAGUUCAGGUCCCUCCUGCACACUCAGCUAGUCAGUGUAUUCUUUGAUGAAGUGGUGAAGCAGAUGGUCAGUGCCUUUGAAUCUCGGGCUGCGACACUCAACAGGAGCCAGCAGGGAGCACCAUUAAGGAGGCGAUCAACCUGAGCAGACCCCUUUGCCCUCCUUCAAUCCACAUCGCCCUGGACCAAACCCUCCUCUUCGCACCUUCUUUCACACUUGGAUCUUCUACUUGCACUCGUUCGUAUCUUAAACUUGAGCUGACUUGCACAUGGAAUGUACUUAUCUUUAAGCUACAGAAUUAUUUAUGUACAUUUAUAUUUAUUUUAAAGAUAUGAAAAAUGCAUGGUCUAAAUGAUCAUGUUCUCUUUUUAAUAUUGGAAAAUGUACAGAACACUUUUAAGUGCUGAAACCUGUAAAAUAUAUAAAGGCUCGUGUUGAGCAUUUUAAAGUAAUUAUUAAAAGGCUCUUAUUUUGGUAAA